GGGCGCCCCCUGUGCUCACGGUCGGUGCGUGCGGCCGCGACGCUCCUCCGGCCCUCGGCACGGCCCGGCCCGCCGCGGCGCGGCCCCGGCGCCGAUGGGGGUGGCGGAGGCGCUGGGCGCCGGCGCGGCGCGGCUGCUCUUCUACCCCUCGCUGCUGUACACGGCGGCGCGGGCGCGGCUGCCGGGGUCUCGCCGGCCCUGGUUCCACCGCAUCGACGAGGCCGUGCUGCUCGGGGCGCUGCCGCUGCGGGGGCGCAGCCGCAGGAUGGUGGCGGAGGAGAACGUGCGCGCCGUGGUCACCCUCACCGAGAACUACGAGACCCGCUUCUUCUGCUGUUCCCCACAGGAAUGGAAGGCAAUGGGAGUGGAGCAACUGUGUCUCAGCACUGUGGAUCUAACUGGAGUCCCCACCUUGGAAAACCUCCACAAGGGCGUUGACUUCAUCCUGAAACACCGAGCCUGCGGUAACACUGUCUAUGUGCACUGCAAGGCAGGACGCUCCCGCAGUGCCACCAUGGUAGCAGCAUAUUUAAUUCAACUGCAUCACUGGAACCCUCAGGAAGCAAUUCAGGCCAUUGCCAAGAUUCGUCCCCACAUCCUCAUUCGACACAAGCAAGUCCAGGUCCUGGAGAAAUUUCACAGGAACAUGAUCACUGGGACAGCUGCAUAAUGUCCGUAAGAACUACCAAAAUCCCCAUCUCAGCUGCUUUAAAAAAAUGUUUUUAUGAUCUAAUCAAGGCUUAAGUGUUGUUCUUCUUGACCAACAAUAAAGAAGUUUUUACAUAAACUACA